ACUUGGUUUAAAAGACAGAGUAAGAGAAUUGGAGCGAAGGAAAGGGAAAGGUAGAGAUGUAGACAAAAAAAUUGUCCCCAAGUUCCAUUCCUACUAACGUGCAGUCCAAUUAAAGCUUCUGUGGAAGAGGCACCUUGUGUGUCAUGCAUACAUUAGAGACUGUGAUGAGCGUGGUCUUGAGGGAGACUGAGGAGGCUCUACUCAGUGUCAUCACAAAUUACCAGGAGAAAGCUGUCCGCUGCUCACUGUCUCUUCUGCUUUUGGCAAGAGCUAACGCACACGAGCCGCCACCACCGCACCACCUCCACCGGUCGUCUACCAUCUCCUCACUCUCACUCUCUAUCUCUCUCCCUCUCUCACACUCCCUCACUCAAUCUCGUUCUUUUCCUCUCGGCGUAUCUCUCUAAAGAUCAUCCUCCAUAGCUGUAGUAUCAGCUGUCUUCUCCGUUUCUUUAUUUUUCUUUUGGAAGAAAAAGAACGGAUUUACUUUUGACUUAGAAAAAUCAGUUGGUCUGUGAUCAGCCACUGAGAUUUUUUUGUUGAGUUCUUUUUUUUGUUUUUGUUUAUUUCAUACUUUUUUUCUAAUGGCAAGACUUGCUCUGUGUGGUAUAACUCAGACGUGAUGCUUCAGGAUUUAAGCGCGGGUGUCUUCUUUCCACCCUGUUUGCAGCACAGAAGUUUUGCUCAAGUUCCCGACAAUGACGAGCAGUUUGUCCCAGACUUCCAGACUGAAAACUUGGCAUUCCACGGACUGCAGCUGAAGAUCAAGAAGGAGCCCCACAGCCCCUGCUCCGAGCUGGGCUCCACCUGUGGCCAGGAGCGGCCCUUCAAACUCCACUAUGGGGAGAAGUGCCUGUACAACAUCAGUGCCUACCAGCAGCACAAACACCCCACAGGCAUGAAGCCCUCCAGCCCAGCGACGCCCCCCUGCAGCACCCCCGUGUCCCCCCUUCAUCAUGGCUCCCCCACGACAGUCCCCACCCCCAAACCAGACAGGACGUACCCCCACCUCCAUCCCCUCCCGGACAGCGCCUACUCCAUGGACCACAGAUUUCGACGUCAGCUGUCGGAGCCCUGCCACUCGUUCCCCUCCCCACCGUCGAUGUCUCGGGACGGAAGGCCCAUGUACCACAGACAGAUGUCCGAGCCCAACAUCCUGUUCCCCCCACAAGGCUUCAAGCAGGAGUACCCCGACCCCUUGUUUGAGCACCCUGCCAUGGUGGGGGCGCCCAUUCCCCCCACGUACCCCCCCUCCAUGAUGAUCAAACAGGAGCCCAGGGAUUUCACCUAUGACUCAGCAGAAGUGCCUAGCUGCCAUUCUGUCUACCUGAGGCAAGACGGCUAUCUGGCUCACAGCAGCAGGACUGAAGGCUGCAUGUUCGAUAAAGUCGCGAGACAUUUCUACGACGACACCUGCGUGGUCCCCGAAAAGGUUGAAGGUGACAUAAAGCAGGAGUCAGGUCUGUACCGUGAAGGUCCAACCUACCAGCGCCGAGGCUCACUGCAGCUCUGGCAGUUCCUGGUGGCUCUCCUGGACGACCCGUCCAACUCUCACUUUAUCGCCUGGACUGGCAGGGGCAUGGAGUUCAAACUCAUCGAGCCUGAGGAGGUUGCACGUCGAUGGGGAAUCCAGAAGAAUCGACCAGCUAUGAACUACGACAAACUCAGCCGAUCGUUACGCUAUUACUACGAAAAAGGCAUUAUGCAGAAGGUGGCAGGGGAGAGAUACGUGUACAAAUUUGUGUGCGACCCCGAGGCUCUGUUCUCCAUGGCCUUCCCUGACAAUCAGCGGCCCGUGCUGAAGACGGACAUGGAGCGGCAGAUCAACGAGGAGGACACGGUGCCGCUGUCACACUUUGACGAGAACAUGGCCUACGUGCAGGAGGCGGGGCCCUACUGCAACCCACCACACCCGUACAGCGAGGGCUACGUUUAUUAACGUAAAGCCCCAAGACGCCGAACUGCAAUGUAUUUCACAGUCACUACGAAUAGGGGGAAAGACUUUGUCAUUCAGAAGACCCCGACUCACCAUCUCUCACAAACUCCACCUUUUUUCUUCACAUUUUUGUUGACGUCCAAGCCGUACUGCAGGAUAGAGAGUGCACUUUAUGGACUGACUGACAGUGUGUGAACCUGCGGGGGCUAGCUAUGUAAUUGGGUCGUUUCAGAUGUUUAUGUUGAUUUUAAAGGAGGGAUUCCCCCCCGAGCAUGCUGUAUUCGUAUGAGACAGGACUCAAAGGCCAAAGGUCACAUAUGGACAUAUUCCUGCAGUCUAGGCAGGUGAAUCCUCAGAGCUUGAAGGAAAAAAAAAUUGCCCUGGUCUUUUCGACAGUUACAGGAAGCAUCCUCAAUUAUUUCUCUGUCCUCUUUUUGUUCAAUUGCCCUUUCAUCUCCAUCAUGUGUACUUUCUUACUCAUUUAAGUGAAUAAUGCAAUGUAUUGUAAUGACAUGCUUUUAAGAUACUUUUAUGGUGAAGUGACAUAAUUAUAGACUUGAAACAGUAAUGUAAUUAUACCAAUCUUAGUUGACAUCUACAUGCUGCCUUGCUACCAGUUUUAAACGUGCCCCUUUGCCAAUACUGACUGCCCAACAGUACAUUAUGAUAUGACUGAGUUUUGGGUUCCUUUUCGAAACUGCAUUGACUGUGUAGACCUGUAGGAAUUCGACACGAAACGGUCAGAUGCAAUCAAAUUCACCCUAAACAUACUUUAUUAUAUGUAAUGCAAAUGACCUGUAUUUAAAAGACAAAUGAAGCAGAGACUGUACCUUUAUUUAGUCUUUGAAUUUUUAUGUAUAUCACACCAGCAGUCGAAUUAAUGAAUUACAUAUUUAGAACAAACAUUUCAUUCUGAUUUGUCCUACAUUAGAUGACGCAAAUGGUUUUUAUGUUAAUGAUGUGUACCAGUUCAGCCAUAACACUAGUUAUCCGAUAUUUCAAGGCCACAAUGUGGGAAAUGUACAAAACAAACAUUCCUUUUAAAUCCUAUUACACGAUGUUGCUUUCCCCUUUUAAAAUCAAAGGUAAUGUGAGGAAUGCAUACCGUACAGAAAAGAGAAAAACAUGCUAAAUGAAAUGAAAUAUCUAACUUUUUCCUUUUUUGUUUGUAGACAAAUUAUGUAAAUGUUGCAUACAGGGGUUGCAUUUUAAUAAAAAGGUAUCAGAAAUAUUUUGAAUUUUAUAGUAUUAUAAAGAUCCAUGUUAUAUCAGAAAUAGGGUUUCCAUGUGUUAUCAGGUAAAUGCACAUUGGUUGCUGCUUCUAAUUGUAACUGUCAUUUUAUAGUCUAAAAAUAAUGGCAUCUGCAAUUCUGCGUUCUAUGUUUAAUUGUUUUGUUUAUUCAUAUGUUUUGUUUUAUAUUCUUCAAAAAUGAAAAAAAUGAAGUCACCACGAUGAAGUUCUGUAAAAAGUAUACAGGUUGGGAUGGGAUUAGCAAUAGCCAAAAUUCUGUAAUAAAAUAGUGCUGAAAAACUGG